AUGUGCAGAGGGAAGAGCAAGUAGUCCACACCCUCUUAAAUGCAUUUUCUAAGUUUCAAGCCCCAUUUAAAACCUCGCUCUUUUAGUUCUCUUUCCAAUAUUACUCAUUCUCCCUCAAUUUCACACUUUUCCAAGCCCUUUUUUUUCCCAUAAAUUUCCAAGAUAUUUUUACUUCAAAUUAAAUCUCUCAAUUAUAAUGGAUGUUCAUAGAAUAAGUUCUAAUUGUUCAUUACAAUUUAAUUAUCUUUGUAGAAAGGUUGUUCAUUUGUUGGAAUGUAUUCACAUUAGAGAAUUUGGGUUUCAUCAAUUUGCUUUCAAUUUGCUGAGGAAUGUUGCUUUGGCCAUUGCCACCAUCAUAUUUGCAUUUGGAGGGGUGAUAAUAGGAGGCAUUGCAGGAGCCAUAAAAGGGCAAACAACCGAGUCAGGAUUAUGUAGAGGAGCCGCAAUUGGGGUCAUGUCCGGUGCCAUUGUAGCCCUUGAGUUGCUUGAUUCACUCCUCAAUGGUCAUUUUCCGUUCAAGGUUGCUCUUUUUGGAUGCAUAUUUAAUGGCAAGGCCUUUAGGGAAUUGGUCAGCCCUGCAGUUCUUAAGGCGUACCAAUGGCAAACAAGUAUGAACGAGGGAUUAUUUGGGAAUGAAGAAGGAUCAGAUUUAUAUAACAUCGUCGAAAUUCGAGGGAUGUUCCCUGAGCAGAUCAAGAAGCUCCCUGUGAUCAAUUUCCAUAGCAAUUCAUCGAAUUCUUCCCUUCCAAUUUCACAUAAUGAUAUAUGUUGCACAAUUUGUUUACAGGACCUUGAGGAAGGCGAAAAAAGCGCGAAAGCUACCAAAUUGUCAACAUUUGUUUCAUAUGAUGUGCAUAGACGAAUGGCUAGUACGAA